AUGCAGCCGGCCCCAAAGCAGGCUGUUGCCAAGAAUGCCAAGCCCAAGCCGGCAGGCCCACCCAAGGCCAAGUCGGUAGCACCGCCGGCGCCAAAGCCCCAGGCGACGGCGCCAGUCAGCCCAAGCUCAGCAACUCCCGGAGCUCCCGCAGCUCCCGCAGCUCCCGCAGCCCCACCGACGGCCACUGCAAUUCCGACGCCGAAACCUGCGCCCAAACCGAAGCCGGCAAUGCCAGCAGGUGCGCCGCCAGCAAAUGCGAAGCCAGCCCCAAAGCCAGGGAUGGUCCCAGGAAAGCAGCCGCCAAAGGCCAACCCCAAGCCAGCGCCAGCAGACCCAGCAAACGCUAAGCCAGCGCCCAAAGCGGGCGUGGCCCCGCCAAGCCCAGCCAAAGCCAAGGACGCACAACCAUCGCAACCUGGUCCGAAGCUCGCUGCAAAGUCGGCACCGUCGCCGCCUGGUCCUCCCAAGCCAGCCCAAGCUCAGCAAGCACAGCAAGGUCAGCAAGUCCCCAAAAAGGCCGAUCCGGGCAUUCCGGGUGCCAAGGGCGCGUACCCGGAAGCGAAGAAAGCAGCCUCGGCUUCGGGCAAGGCCAAGCCAGCACAAGCACCUGCACCCCCAGCCAAGUCCCCAACCAAACCGCCCCAAGCACCGCCCCAAGCACCGCCCCAAGCACCGCCCCAAGCCCCGCCCCAAGCCCCGCCUGCCCAAGCACAGCCUGCCCCUAAGCCAGCCGACCCUAAGAGCGCGACGCCAAGCUCCAAGGCGACAGCCACCCAGCCACCUGCCACCAAGGAGGGCAAAGCCCCCCAAGGGGCGCCCAAACAGCAGCCCAAGCAAGGUCCGCCAGCUGCGUCCAAGGCACCGGCCAAAGCCAUAGUCCCAAAGUCGGCGGCAGGUGGCCCUACCUUCCAGGCAGCGGCGGCGCCGAAGGAUUCAGUGGCAGCUCCCAUUCAGGGGCCAAGCGCAGACGAGCCAGCAUCGGUGCAGCCUGAGAGCAUUCCGGCUAACAGCGCGCCCGCCGAGCCUGCCCAGAGCGCGGAAGCGGAAGCCGAGAUCGUGCCGGCCGAGAGUGCCUCAGCCUUGCCAGCGGAGGCUCUGAAGGAAGCGAAGCCACAACAGCUGUCGGCGCAUGAGAAGCAAGUGGCGGAUCAGAUCGACUCUGACUUGCCAAGAACUUUUCCGAACAUCGAGGACGUCCAAGCCAAGAAGGACACAAUCCGGGAGGUGCUGCUGGCCUAUAGCAGGGCGAAUCCUCACGUGGGCUAUUGCCAGGGCAUGAGCUUUCCUGCCGCCGUGCUUUGCGUCCACCAGCCGGGAGCAGCUGCGUUGGACCGGUUCCAGGCUUGCCUCGAGAACGUGCGAGAGCUCUGGUUACCGGGUUUCCACCUCUUCGAGACCGCGAAGUAUGCCUUCGAUGCACUGUUGGCACUGCAAGCUCCGAAGCUCUCACGUUCUUUCCAGUCCCAGGGCAUCAUCAUCGACGUCUUUUUACUGGAUGCCUGGCUCACGCUCUUUGCGCGCUGGCUGCCGUUUAGGCUGCUUCCGGAGGUCUUGGAAUACGUGAGAUGUCAUGGCUUCGCGGGCAUUCUGGGCCUCACCGUGGCCGUGGUGGAUGCGCAUGGCGCGAGCAUCGGCGGAGUGGAUCCGGCAGAUGCGCUUCUGCAGCUGUGGAAGUGCCUGCAAUGGGAGGAGCGCGAGCCAAGCCUCGAAGAUUUGUUCCAGAUAGCCCAAGGGCUCCGGCCCCGCGCAUCGGAGCUCCUGGCCGAGCGCCUGGCGGUAAACCGGCGGCCCGAGUUGGCGUUCCAGCGCCGAGGACCGCGUGUGGUCCAUCCCGACUCUGGCAUUGACUUGCUGGAUGUCUUGUCGGAACAGUCGUGGCAGAAGUGGAAGGCACAGGCUGAAGAACUCCGCACUGCCAGCUCCUCAAGCAGAGGCACGCCGAAGUCGACGAAGAGCCUGAGCUUCCUCAGCAUCUUCCGCUGCGGACGCCAGCGAGCAGACUCGGACUCUGAGGAGACUCCUUCCAAGACCGCUGCAGACACGGAGUAG